ACUGACAAGCCACCCCAGUCAACCAGUUCCUUAACAACCCUUGAGUAGAGCGGACAGACUACCCAGAGGACAGACAUAUAGACAGAGACCAACAGAGACAGUGAGAGGGACAGAAUAUGCUCUUCCUGGCCCUUUUCCUGGGCAUCAUGCUCUGCACAGCACAAGAGCGAAGUCCUCCAGUAAUCAGGCUGAACUCUGUGUUGCUGAGGGAGGCUGAGAGGACUUUGCUUUUAGGAACGUCAUUCACCUUGACCUGCGAGGGGGACAGCACAGCCACCUGGUCUACCACAGCGUUCAAAAGGAGGAACUCUAAACAGGGGAGUAUGAUUACCAUCAAGUACCUUACAGCAGACUACACUGGCACAUACAAGUGUGUGUAUGACAACCAACCAGACCUGUUCUCAGAGGUCCACAUCUAUGUGAAAGAUCCCAAUAACGUCCUGGUAACCCCCCGCAACAUGAGAGAUGUUGAGGAGGGCGGGGAUCUUCUCCUCUGUCAGCUGACAGACCCCAGUGCCACAGACAUGUCCCUCCAUAUGGCCAACGGAGACCCAACACCCCCCGACAUGAAUUACACUGUCAAUCCCAGGAGAGGGAUCCUCAUCAGACACCUUCUGACCAGCCACAGUGCAAACUACAUAUGCAGCGCAAAGGUCAAUGGGGUCACAACACGCUCCAAAGACAUCACUAUCAAUGUCGUUCAAAGGUUGCGUUGGCCACCGUCUGUGUUAAUUGAGGUAGAUGGGUAUGUUAGUAUUGUUGGAGAGGAGCUCCUCAUCCCCUGCAUCACCAGUAAUCCUAACCACUUCUACAACGUCACCUGGAAACACUCCUCCCUCAAAACAUUGAACGUCUUUCAUAAAGUAAUACAGGACAAGCAGGUCCACAUCACCAGUACUGUGACUAUCCCGGCUGUGACCAUGUCUGACACAGGAAACUUCACCUGUACAGCCAUCAAUGAGGCUGGGGCCAACAGGUCCACCACCUACCUGGAGGUCGUAGAUGAGCCUUACAUUAGGUUCAUACCCCGCCUGUCACCCAAUCUAUACCAAAAUGGCUCCUUAGUCAAUGUGAAAGAAGGGGAGAACCUUGAGAUAAAUAUUCUGAUCGAGGCCUAUCCCCAAAUCAAGAAGCAUUGGUGGGACGUGCCCAUGUCUCACAGUCACAACAUCUCCACUCAUGGUGACAAAUGGACCGCCCAAGACAAUAACAGGUACGAGAGCAGCCUGCUGCUACACAGAGUCAGGUCUGAGGAGAGGGGCCAGUACACCCUCCACACCAGGAGCACGCGCCUCAACAGCUCCAUCACCUUCAAUAUCCAAGUCUACCAGAAACCCAGUGCGAUGCUCAGCCUGAAGAAUUCUACCACCCUGAUCUGCACCUCCUCUGGAUACCCAGCUCCCACAAUCCUCUGGUACCAGUGCCCAGGAAUACAAAGCACGUGUGAUGGGGACAAUGACACCGUGGAGGUGCAGCCUCUCUUCACCAGCACCAUGGAGGUGCAGAGUGAGCUGACCCUCAGUCCCUCAACUGAGGAGUUCACCGUGGAGUGUGUCGCCUUUAACUUUGCUGGCAAAAAUCGGGACAUCUUCAUAUCGCAUGUUGUUGCUGCCACUUCAAAAGCAUUUGUAAUGUCCGAGCUGUUCACCCCCACUCUCAUUGGAGCCACCAGCACAUCAGCCCUUCUGUUCCUUCUGCUUGUCAUCGUUCUGUACAAAUACAAGCAGAAACCCAAAUAUGAAGUCCGGUGGAAGAUCAUCGAGGCCAAUGAUGGGAAUAACUACACCUUUAUUGACCCUACUCAACUUCCUUAUAACAAGAAGUGGGAGUUCCCUCGUGAUAAGCUGAAGCUUGGCCAGAUUCUGGGAGCAGGGGCUUUUGGGAAAGUUGUGGAGGCCACUGCCUAUGGUCUGGGGACCGAUGACAACAUGACCACCCGUGUGGCAGUAAAGAUGCUCAAGCCAAGCGCCCACUCAGAGGAGAGAGAAGCUCUGAUGUCAGAACUGAAGAUCCUCAGUCACCUGGGAUGUCAUGACAACAUUGUUAACCUGUUGGGGGCGUGUACUCAAGGAGGCCCAAUGCUGAUGAUCACAGAGUACUGUAGCCAUGGCGACCUGCUGAACUUCCUGCGUGGCAAGGCCAAGCUGUUCCUGGACUCCAUCCUGAGUGGACCAGAGGUUCCAGGGGAUAGUGAUCACUACAAGAACACAUGUAGCCAGGAGUCUCGUGUCAGGAGUGACAGUGGGAUCUCCUGCUCCAGCUCAGACAACUACCAGGACAUGCAUCCAGCGCAGAGGCCCAAAUACUGCCCUAUGGGUUCUUUAUGUGAGGAUCCAGAGACAGACACCUGGUCGCUGGACAUAGAAGACUUGUUGAGGGUCUCCUAUCAGGUGGCUCAGGGAAUGGACUUCCUUGCAUCCAAAAACUGCAUUCACAGGGACGUGGCCGCUAGGAACGUCCUAUUGACCGGUGGCCACGUGGCUAAGAUCUGCGACUUUGGGCUCGCUCGAGACAUCGAGAAUGACUCCAACUAUGUGGUGAAAGGAAAUGCCCGUCUGCCAGUGAAGUGGAUGGCCCCCGAGAGCAUCUUUGACUGUGUGUACACAGUGCAGAGUGAUGUCUGGUCCUAUGGGAUACUGCUGUGGGAGGUCUUCUCUCUGGGUAAGAGCCCAUAUCCUAAUAUUGUGGUGGACACCCGGUUUUACAAGAUGAUCAAAGAUGGAUGCCACAUGUCACAGCCGGACUUUGCCCCUCCAGAGAUAUACACCAUCAUGAAGAUGUGUUGGAACAUGGAACCAACAGUGCGUCCAACCUUCAGUACCAUUGGUCAGCUUAUCCAGAGUCUACUGCCUGACCAGCCAGACCAGACCUACAGGAAUGUGCAGGAUAAGACGCCACAGCAGGAGGCAGGAGAGCAGAGUGACCAAGCUAAGAUUAGUGAGGAUUGUGAUCAGACACUGAACCACGAAGAAGAGGAACAGCCCCUGAUGAUGAGGAAUAACAACUACCAGUUCUGCUGAGAGCACAUCAGGCCAUCCUCCAUUACUAUACGUUCAUAGAUGACUGUCUGCCGGUCAGAGCCAAGAGUUGGAUGGACUAGACACACCAAAUAAUCCAAAUGUCUUGACUCUCACUGUACAGAACAUGGUUUUAGUAUCAUACAGUACCUUUUUUACGAAGUGCAAAGUCCAGUUCCAGUCAGCAACAACCGUUUUAAAAGGAACUAAGCAUGUAUGCCUUGAACAUAUUAUGUACAGAAAAUGACCAUAAACCCCAGACAUUAUUCUACCCAUUUAACUUUUAUAUUUACACAGAUCAAGAUAUUUGACAAACUCUGAUCGGACUGUGACAACUUAAUGCCAGGUAGCUAUGCAUGGGUAGAAAAUCCUUAGGAGAACCCAAGUCAGGGAGAAAAAACAACACAUUACAACCUGUGUGUUGUGAUAUUUGCAUGAUUUGCUCUAUAACCUGUUAGUUCAUAUGCCUUGACACCGUGAUAUAUAGGUCUGAGGCCGAGACAAUAAGAAGACACAGUGAUAUAUAGGUCUGAGGCCGAGACAAUAAGAAGAUACAGUGAUAUAUAGGUCUGAGGCCGAGACAAUAAGAAGAUACAGUGAUAUAUAGGUCUGAGGCCGAGACAAUAAGAAGAUACAGUAAUAUAUAGGUCUGAGGCCGAGACAAUAAGAAGAUACAGUGAUAUAUAGGUCUGAGGCCGAGACAAUAAGAAGACACAGUGAUAUAUAGGUCUGAGGCCGAGACAAUAAGAAGACACCGUGAUAUAUAGGUCUGAGGCCGAGACAAUAAGAAGACACAGUGAUAUAUAGGUCUGAGGCCGAGACAAUAAGAAGAUACAGUGAUAUAUAGGUCUGAGGCCGAGACAAUAAGAAGAUACAGUGAUAUAUAGGUCUGAGGCCGAGACAAUAAGAAGAUACAGUGAUAUAUAGGUCUGAGGCCGAGACAAUAAGAAGAUACAGUGAUAUAUAGGUCUGAGGCCGAGACAAUAAGAAGAUACAGUGAUAUAUAGGCCUGAGGCCGAGACAAUAAGAAGACACAGUGAUAUAUAGGUCUGAGGCCGAGACAAUAAGAAGAUACAGUGAUAUAUAGGUCUGAGGCCGAGACAAUAAGAAGAUACAGUGAUAUAUAGGUCUGAGGCCGAGACAAUAAGAAGAUACAGUGAUAUAUAGGUCUGAGGCCGAGACAAUAAGAAGAUACAGUGAUAUAUAGGUCUGAGGCCGAGACAAUAAGAAGAUACAGUGAUAUAUAGGUCUGAGGCCGAGACAAUAAGAAGAUACAGUGAUAUAUAGGUCUGAGGCCGAGACAAUAAGAAGAUACAGUGAUAUAUAGGUCUGGGGCCGAGACAAUAAGAAGACACAGUGAUAUAUAGGUCUGAGGCCGAGACAAUAAGAAGACACAGUGAUAUAUAGGUCUGAGGCCGAGACAAUAAGAAGACACAGUGAUAUAUAGGUCUGAGGCCGAGACAAUAAGAAGACACAGUGAUAUAUAGGUCUGAGGCCGAGACAAUAAGAAGAUACAGUGGCAGAAUAAAUUCAACCACACCUUUGUUUCAUCACAAAACCUCUGUUUGUGCAACUAGAAAAAAAACAUGUUGACUCACCCUACUUGUAGAGAACACCAAUACCAUCCUCCUCUUUUCCAUGUUGAGGAAACGGUCUAUAACUCUGUCAUACAGUACACGCUUUUAGUUGUUCUAGGCUACCUGGCUAAAAUGUUUGCUCGCUAGUCUAACAAUGACAAUUCAAGUUGUUUCUGUCAAUGACGUUUUGCUGUUGAUGUGAUGUUAUUUGUGUAAAGCAAAUCCAAGCUGG